UGAGGUGUACUACUGUUGCCAGUAGUGUUUUCCCUCAGCUAUACUGUGUCCUGUGAUGUUUCCUCAGCGUCUACACAUGUAUAGAUGUUAGAAUUAGACCUGUUAUCUACAUCAGAAAAGGGAUGUACACUUUAAAAGGUCAAUUCAAACACAGUGAAAAUUAGGAACUUGAGACACUGAGACAAAGUAUUAGAAGAGGAAGAGGACUGACAGCGUGGGGGUAUACUAUAGAGACAUGGAUAUCAACAGCACAUCUCCAGACAUUUCAACCCCUGAUCAUGGAACGCUGUUCCCUGUGUACUAUGUACUCAUCCCCUUCACAGGGUUCACAUUGAUAGGGUGCGUGAUAGCACUGGUCGUUUACAUACGAAGGAAAAUAAAACAGGACAGGCUUCACCAUGUGCUGAUUCCCCAGUACAGCCAUGAUCCCAGUGAAUAUGACCAACACAGUGAGGAAGACUGGGGGCAUGAAGAUCGAGACGAAGACGAGGAAGAGAUGGAGCCUCUCUAUAUGGAGGGAAAGCUGUCCUUCAACCAGGCACGUGCACAGAUUGGGCUCUAGGGGUGCUGGAGAACCUGGCCUGAGGAUCGGUGACAGUUUACACUCUUAUCAUGUACAUUUAAAGGUAACAAAUUGCUCAUCACCUGCCCUUCUGCAGAUUUCUUAAAGUCUACCGGGAAGGGAAUUCUCCUUGAGGAUUUCUUCACGUCUACCUGGAAGGGAAUUCUCCUUGAGGAUUUCU